AUGGACUUGGCAAGAUGUGAGAGGAAGUUUACCGCUCUCGGCUACUAUUGCCCUUAUAGGUCUGUGGGUAUCUCCCACGUUCGAAUGAGGCUUCUGGAAGUUUCUCGCGAAGUGCUGUUUGCAGCAGUAGUGGCGGAACGGCGCAAAGUCUUGGCUUUCCUCGCAGCUCUAGCGGUUCACAUCUUUGCGGAGACCUUUGUGCAGUUCAAGGACACGACAUCCACAACAUCCGCUCUUCGAGGACAGGUGCAAAGCAAGGCCACUGAGGCCACUGAUUCAGAGACUUUUCCGAAGUCGCCCAUGCCGAUGGCGAAGGUCACGGGGACAGAUGCGGAAGUAGACCCAUCGAACCCAUCGAAUACAGACACAAAGCCUUUGUCGUAUUACGCAGGAAUGUUGACCAACCCUCCUAGUGAAGAAGAUUCUGAGAAGGACAUGAUCACUCCAACGCUGAAAUUUAUUGGGUAUGGAGCUGUUUUUGGUUUUGCUUAUUUGGCUUUGUUCAUCGGACUGAACUCUGAAGGUGCUUUUCUACUACCUCCCCAAAUUUGUGCUGGCCGCAAUUGUCGUGAGCCUGAAACUCUGAGCGGGAAGCAGCUCAGUGUCGAAACUGAUUGCUUGCGAUGUGGCACGCAGCUUGUUCCACGUGAAAAAGAGCGACUUUGCGAUGUGGAUGGCCACUCGCUCAGUUUUGAGGCAUUUUGA